GUUGGUUGGGCCGUUGUUCGGCUCGUCGGGCCCCGGCCAUGGCGGACGCGGCGGCCUCCCCGGUGGGGAAGCGCCUGCUGCUGCUGCUGGCGGAGGCGGCGGCGGGGGGCCCGGCGGCGGGGGGCCCACCGGCGGGGGGCCCACCGGCGGGGAGCCCGUCAUCGGUGGCGGGGCCCCCGGUGCCCGGGCCCGGGCCGUGGCCGCGGCGCGGGUCGUGGCGGGCCGGGACGGUGCGGGCCAUGAGCGGGGCGGUGCCCCAGGACCUGGCGAUCUUCGUGGAGUUCGACGGUUGCAACUGGAAGCAGCACUCCUGGGUGAAGGUCCACGCCGAAGAGGUGAUCGUUCUGCUGCUGGAGGGCUCCCUUGUCUGGGUCCCCCGGAAAGACCCCUUCCUGCUGCAGGGGACGAGGGUCUCCAUCCCGCAGUGGCCCGCCCUGACCUUCACCCCUUUGGUGGAUAAGCUGGGUCUGGGUUCGGUGGUUCCGGUGGAAUUCCUUCUCGAUCGAGAGCUCAGGUUCCUGUCGGAUGCCAGUGGGCUGCGUCUGUUCCAGAUGGGGACGGAGAGCCAGAACCAGAUUCUGCUGGAGCAGGCGGCGCUCAGAGAGACGGUCAACGCGCUCAUCAGCGACCAGAAGCUGCAGGAGAUCUUCAGUAGAGGUCCGUACAGCGUUCAAGGCCAGAGGGUGAAGGUCUACCAGCCGGAGGGCGAAGAGAGCUGGCUGGGCGGCGUGGUCAGCCACCAGGACCCCAUCACCCGGCUCAUGGACGUGUCCGUGUCCGAGACUGGCGAGAUCAAGUCGGUGGAUCCCAGGCUGAUACACGUGAUGCUGAUGGACAACUCCUCCGCCCCUCAGAACGAGGGGAGCGCCCUGAAAGCGGCCAAGCACUCCAAGGGGAAGAAGAAGAGAGAGAGCGUGGAGGUCAAGGACAGCCGGCGGAGGAAGGGCGGCCCGGAGGCCCCCUGCGACCCGGCCACCAAGAGGCUGAAGGGCGAGAGGGGCGAGGCGGACAGCAACGGGGGCGACGGGGGCGAGGUCAGCAGGGGGGCCUGGAAGGGGCCCGCCGCCGGAGGGGACCCCGACCACAGGACCAAGCCGCCGCCGCCGCCUCCCUUCGUCCCCCCGCUCAACCGGAACAUCCGCUUCGCCACCUACACCAAAGAGAACGGCCGGACCCUGGUGGUCCAGGACGAGCCCCUGGGCGGGGACGAGGCCGGGCCCUACCCCCCGUACCCUCCGGCCGCCGCGCAGGCCCCCCCGGGCUCGGACGCCGGGGGCCCGGGCGGCAAAGAGGCGGGCAAGGCCCCGGAGCCGGUUGGUCCCGGGGCGGCCGCCCCCGCCCCGACCACGGUGAGGAUCUCGGAUUCGGGCCUGGCGACGGUCGGCGGACAGGAGAAGCAGAAGGCGGCACGGACGCAGGCGCCGGGGGAGAAUCCCCGGAACUCCCUCCCGGCGCCCUCCGGGUUGGGAGCGACGCUGGCGAGCCCGUCCCCACCCCUGGCCUUCAGCGGCGGGAGGAGCCAGUCGAACGGGGUCCCGGCGGUCGAGGGCAAGGCGGCGGGGGCGUUCGCCUUCGGCGGCGGCCCCCCGGAGGCCCCCAAGGACGCCCCCCUGUCCAAGAACCUGUUCUUUCAGUGCAUGUCCCAGGCGCUGCCCUCCAGUAACUACUUCACCACCAUCUCCGAGAGCCUGGCCGAGGAGCCCCCGGCCCGCGCCGCCUUCAAGCAGGGCCCGGGGGCCGCGGACCCCAAGGCCGGGCCCGCCCCGGACCGGAAGGCGCCAGCCGAGGCCAUGCCCACCCUGACGCCGGCCUUCCCCCGGAGCCUCCUGGCCCCCCGGCCCCCGGAGGGCCACGAGAACCUGUUCCUCCAGCCGCCGAAACUGUCCCGCGAGGAGCCCUCCAACCCGUUCCUGGCCUUCGCCGACAAGGCCGACCCCGGCCCCUUCGGGGGCUUCGCCCCUCCGGCCGCCGGGGGCCCCAAGGCGGCCCCGGGCUGGCCCGACCCCCCGGCCGCGGACCCGGCCGCCCUGGCCAAGAAGAAGACCCUGUUCAUCGCCACCGACCCCUCCAGGCCGGGCCCCGGGGCCCCGGGCCCGGGCGGGGUCCCCGGCCUGUCCGCCGUGGGCAACGGGCGGUCGGCCUCGCCCCCGGGCGGCCUGACGCAGCCCAUCGAGAUGCCCACCCUGGCGUCCAGCCCGACGGAGGAGAAGCCGGCGGUCGGGCCCGGCCAGCAGGACAACCCGCUGCUGAAGACCUUCGCCGGCGCGUUCGGCCGGCCGGCGGGAGGCUUCGGGGCGGAGGGCCGGGCGGCCCCCUUCGAGGCGGUCAAGCGGUUCUCCCUGGACGAGCGCAGCCUGACGUCCAAGCCGGAUUCGGACUCGAGCACCAACAGCGACCUGUCGGACAUGAGCGACUCGGAGGAGCAGCUGCAGCAGCAGGCCAAGGCCGGCCUCAAGGGCGUCCCGGACCACCUCAUGGGCAAGCUGGGCGCCCACGGGGACCGCCGGGCCGCCGACCUCCUGCUGGGCAAGGGGAAGGGGAAGACCGCGCCCAAGGGCCGCCCGCGCACGGCCCCCCUCAAAGUGGGGCAGUCGGUGCUGAAGGACAUGAGCAAGGUGCGGAAGCUGAAGCAGUCGGGCGAGCCCUUCCUCCAGGACGGGUCCUGCAUCAACGUGGCCCCUCACCUGCACAAAUGCCGCGAGUGUCGCCUGGAACGCUACCGCAAGUUCAAGGAGCAGGAGCAGGACGACUCCACCGUGGCCUGUCGCUUCUUCCACUUCCGCAGGCUCAUCUUCACCCGGAAGGGCAUCCUCCGCGUGGAAGGGUUCCUGAGCCCCCAGCAGAGCGACCCUGACGCCAUGAACCUGUGGAUUCCGUCUUCCUCCCUGGCCGAGGGCAUCGACCUGGAGACCUCCAAGUAUAUCCUGGCCAACGUCGGGGACCAGUUCUGCCAGCUGGUGAUGUCGGAGAAGGAGGCCAUGAUGAUGGUGGAGCCCCAUCAGAAAGUGGCGUGGAAGCGAGCCGUCCGCGGGGUCCGCGAGAUGUGCGACGUGUGCGAGACCACCCUCUUCAACAUCCACUGGGUGUGUCGCAAGUGCGGGUUCGGCGUCUGCCUGGACUGUUACCGGCUCCGGAAGAGCCGCCCCCGCAGCGAGACAGAGGAGAUCGGGGACGAAGAGGUUUUCUCGUGGCUGAAGUGUGCCAAGGGCCAGCCCCACGAACCCGAGACCCUUAUGCCCACGCAGAUCAUUCCUGGCACAGCUCUUUACAACAUCGGAGACAUGGUACACGCGGCCCGGGGCAAGUGGGGGAUUAAAGCUAACUGCCCUUGUAUUAAUCGGCAGAACAAAUCCGUGCUGAGACCCGCCGUCACCAACGGGAUGGCCCAGCUUCCCAGCAUAAACCCCGCCACCUCCUCUUCCGGGAACGAAGCCCCCUUCUCCGGCGGAGGCGGUGGGGCGGCGGCGCCGGGGGGGACGGGGACGGCCCCGCCGGAAGCCGACCACCUCCCCAAACCCGACGCCCCCGCCGAAGAGGCGCUCAAGACAGAGGCGGCGGCGGCGGCCACGAGCGGCGGCGAGACCAAGGCCGCCAGGCCGCUGUCCGCCGAGACCCCACCCCCGCCCUCUUCCGCCUUGCACUGGCUGGCCGACUUGGCGACGCAGAAGGCCAAGGAAGAGACGAAAGAAGCCGGGUCCCUGAGGUCAGUGCUCAGUAAAGAAUCCCACUCCGCCUUCGGUCUGGACUCAUUCAGCCCCACCGCCAAGGUGUCUCUGUUAACCCCCAAGCUGUUCAACAGCCUGCUCCUGGGCCCCGCCGCCUCGGCUAACAAGGCGGAGGGCUCCAGCCUCCGAGACCUGCUGCACUCCGGCCCCGGGAAGCUCCCGCAGGCCCCUCUCGACACGGGCAUCCCCUUCCCGCCCGUCUUCUCCGCGUCCUCGGCGGGGGUGAAGAGCAAAGCCAGCCUGCCCAACUUCCUGGACCACAUCAUCGCCUCGGUGGUGGAGAACAAGAAGACGUCGGACGCGGCCAAGAGGGCCAGCAGCCUGACGGACACCCAGAGGGAGGUGAAGGAGAUGGUGAUGGGGCUGAACGUGCUGGACCCCCACACUUCCCACUCGUGGCUCUGCGACGGCCGGCUCCUUUGCCUCCACGACCCCAGCAACAAGAACAACUGGAAAAUCUUCCGGGAAUGCUGGAAGCAGGGCCAGCCGGUCCUGGUGUCGGGCGUCCACAAGAAGCUCAAGUCGGAACUCUGGAAGCCGGAAGCCUUCAGCCUGGAAUUCGGGGACCAGGACGUCGACCUCGUCAACUGCAGGAACUGCGCCAUCAUUUCCGACGUGAAAGUGCGGGACUUCUGGGAUGGGUUCGAGAUCAUUUCCAAGCGGCUCCGGUCGGAAGACGGGCAGCCGAUGGUCCUGAAGCUGAAGGACUGGCCGCCCGGGGAGGACUUCCGGGACAUGAUGCCCACCAGGUUUGAAGACCUGAUGGAGAACCUCCCUCUCCCAGAAUACACCAAGCGAGACGGCCGGCUGAACCUGGCCUCCAGGCUGCCCAGCUACUUCGUCCGGCCCGACCUGGGGCCCAAGAUGUACAACGCCUACGGCUUAAUAACGGCAGAGGAUCGGCGAGUGGGCACCACCAAUCUGCACCUGGACGUGUCGGACGCGGUUAACGUCAUGGUGUACGUCGGCAUCCCCGUCGGCGAGGGGGCCCACGACGAGGAGGUCCUAAAGACGAUCGACGAAGGGGAUGCGGACGAGGUGACGAAACAGCGGAUCCAUGAGGGGAAGGAGAAGCCUGGGGCCCUGUGGCAUAUCUAUGCGGCGAAGGAUGCGGAAAAGAUCCGGGAGCUGCUGAGAAAGGUGGGAGAGGAGCAGGGCCAGGAAAAUCCUCCCGACCACGAUCCGAUCCACGACCAGAGCUGGUACCUGGACCAGACUUUGCGUAAGCGCCUCUACGAGGAUUACGGCGUGCAGGGCUGGGCCAUCGUGCAGUUCCUGGGAGACGCCGUCUUUAUCCCCGCCGGAGCCCCCCACCAGGUUCACAAUCUGUACAGUUGCAUCAAGGUGGCGGAAGAUUUUGUAUCCCCCGAACACGUAAAGCACUGCUUCCGCCUGACCCAGGAGUUCAGGCACCUGUCCAAUACUCACACGAACCACGAGGAUAAGCUGCAGGUCAAGAACAUCAUUUACCACGCGGUCAAGGACGCCGUCGGCACACUGAAGGCUCACGAAUCCAAACUGGCACGGUCGUAGGAGCGGCCAGUCGGACCCCCGCCCCUUGUGAAGCAGGCCUUUCACUCACAGCCCCGCCAGGGAGCCGCCCGGGGGUCUCUGCUGGAGCAGAGCCGCCCCCGCCCCCUCCGCCCCCCUCACCC